UAUAUCAGCAGCAGUGAACACACAUCUCUGCAUACUGACUGCAACACCUCACCAAGCACAAUGAGUGCAGAUGGAAAAAAAGAACCCCCUCCCUACAUCAUACCAGUUGAAGGUCAGGGCGAUGGAGUGAAGGUUUACCACGUGCACACCCCUUUCACCCCUCCCACCUCACCGGAGACCUCUGUGUACACAAGUGGAGGAGGUGGCCUCGGUUCAGGCUUCGAGUCUGGAGAUGGCAAAAGAAAAUUUGUGAGCUACGACACGUCGUUGGGCCGAUCUCCCGGCAUGACGACCUGCACCUCCUGCCAACAGCAGGUCAUGACCAACGUCACCUACAAACCAGGGAUGUACGCCUGGCUGAUGUGCUUACUCUUCAUCUGUUGCGGGUUAAUCCUGUGCUGCUGCCUGAUUCCAUUUUUCCUGAAAAACUUCAAGGAUGCGUACCACACAUGCCCCCGCUGCAACAGAGUCCUGCACGUUGAGAAGAAAAAGUGCUGUAAAUGA